AUGUCAGAAAACCUGGAUAUGUCGAACCUUCCCUUCCUUUGUGUUGCACAGAUAAUUUUUGAACUGUCUGAUAGCAGCGCGGACCUUCAUUCAUGCUUACUUGUGAACCGCAUGUGGUGUAAAUGUGCAGUUGCAUACCUAUGGCGAACACCUUUUUACUGGAAUGGUCAUAGGGCAGUUAAGAUGGUUAUUGAAUUUCUACGACUGUUGCCUAAUGAUUGUCUUGAAGAUUUGGAAUAUGUGAUCGGAAUUCACAUACCAGCUCAAAAUAUGCAACCAAUGUUCAACUACCUGAGUUUUGUCCGGACCAUGAACAUUAUGUGUUGCAUAGAAGCAGUAGAAUGCUUUCUUGCAGAUUAUUUUGAUAUUGUGAAUGAUACGGAUAUCCGUUUGCUGUCUCUAAGGAUCUGUAGGGGAAUGGUCAAAAAUUGUCCUUUAUUAAUGGAAAUAGAUAUGGCUGGACAUGAUAUUGGAUAUUACGGCUACAAAUGGACUGCUAGAUCCUGGAACUUAUUCAACCUCAAAGACUCAGUGACAAAUAUUAACCAAUUAAAGCAACUUAGAUUCUCACAAGAAUUUCCUCCAGAUAUCUUAUAUAGUGCAGCAGAGAAAUUGUCAAAUCUUGAACUAUUUGAGAUUGCUUGGUCUGAAAAUUGUAUGUAUAUUGAUGGUAUUAAAUGGUGUGAUGCUAUCAGUAAACUUAUUGGCAAUCAAAAAAGUUUAAAGGUUGCAUAUCUCAAUCUCAAUUUUUCAUUCUUUGGGACCAACCUGAAGUCAAUCUGCAAAGCAUUGUAUACUCAAGCAAAGACCCUUAUAAAAGUAAAAAUUCUAUUUGCAGGCACGGAAAUAAGCAAGUUGAUAGAUACCUUUGGUCAGCUUGCCAAACUUCAUUAUAUUAAGUUGGUUUAUUGUACAUUGUCUCCAACCUGUCCUUUGGAAUUGCCACCAGAUGCAUUCUCUAAUCUUAGAGUUUUAAAAAUAAAUGAGAUUGAAACCAACUUUUAUGGCAUUGAUGCAUUACUUGGAAAUGUAAAAGAAUGUCUGGAAACACUUUGUAUAUGCUAUAUUGAGAUGAAUGCUGAUUACAAUGCAGAGCUAUGGAGAAAAUGUGCAAAAAAUGCACCAAAUCUUAGUUAUUUAAAAAUUCAGUUGGAUCUGGAAGACUAUGUUCAAUUUAUACAAAUGGCUCUUCCAUUGUGGCAGAAUUUAAGGAAAUUAUGUAUUGUUAUUAAUGAACCCCAUAAUAAUAAGGACUCACAUGAACUAUUAUCAAAUAUUUUAUCAUUAGCUGGGACAAAUUUGCCAGCAUCUGUCAAAUUUCUCAAGCUGGAUGCUUAUUGUAAACUACCAUUAGCAGCAUUUACUACAUUUUUGUCCACUUGUUCAGCAAGCCUUGAAUCAUUUUCUCUUAGAGUUGAUGAUCUUAAUGACAGUCUUGUUAAUACACUAUUAGAUUAUAUGGGAAAUAGUUUACAGUCAGUUUAUUUGAAAGGAACUGGAGCACUUUCUGCUGAGACAAAAGCUAAGCUGAAUACUCAAAUUCCCAGAGUUGAUUAUUUUAUGAAAAGUGUAAAUUCGGAUUAA